ACCAGGCAAAGAGCUUGCGUUCAGUUUGGCCACCGCAGAAUAUUUAUUCUGAAAUCUCCAUCGCUCGUUUUCCAAUCACACAAAAAGCAAAGCAAAGACAAAGCCAUGGCGCCGCCUCCUGGACCUUACUCCGGCACCAGCACUCUCGCUCUCGUAGCUCGUGCAUCUGCUUUCUCUUUUGGACUUGUUUAUGGGAGCUUUAAGCUCAAGUACCUCAAGAUGAAGGCGAAGUCUCAAAGGAAAGCUGAAGCAAAGGCACACCAUUGAAGCAGGGUCGGGUUUUGUUCAUAGUCGAUCACAUGCGUAACAUGAGGUUUUUUUCCUUCAAUAAUGCAGUAGCUAUGGGAUUGCCCCAAUGUUUCAUUUCGGCCUGCAGCUUUUAAUGGACCGUGGCGAACUGCCAAUUUUUUUGUUGUAUAGUUAUCAACUUGGCUAUUUCUAAGUGAUAAAAUCUGUUCACUUGGUGUUCUUUCUUGAAUCA